CGACAUCCCUUCCCCUGCUUCUGUUACUUCCCUACCAAAAUGAAGCUUCAGAUGCCCAAGUUCGAGAGGCCUCACCUCAGGGUUGAGCAGCCUCUUUCUGUAUUUGCAGAAGGUAACGAAAGAUGGACCAACAAAGAUCUUGAUCCUGUACCUCCAAAUAGGAGAAAGUGGGGUGUAAUGUCCUUCGUCAGUUACUGGGUCUCCGACGCUUUCAACGCAGCCACCUGGCAGUUCGCCGCAGGUAUCAUCGCCGUUGGUCUCACCUGGCGUGAAAGUUUGGGAAUCGUUGCCCUUGCCUUCUUCAUCAUUUCUUGGGUCAUUGCCUUUAACGGUGCCAUCGGCGUCCUCCACCAUAUUCCCUUCCCCGUCAUCGCACGAGCCAGCUGGGGCUUCUGGGGUUCCUACGUCGCCAUCAUCUCUCGCGUUAUCCUCGCUAUCUUCUGGUUUGCCAUUCAGACCAUGAACGGUGCCAACACGGUCCGAGUCAUGAUCGGCGCCAUCUGGCCUUCAUUCCUGACCUUGCCAAACCACAUCCCCGAAUCUCAAGGCAUUGAUGACGCCACUAUGAUUUCCUUCUUCCUCUUUUGGCUCGGUCAGCUUCCCUUCCUGUUCAUGCACCCCAACCAACUGCGAUACCUUUUCAUGGCCAAGACUCUGAUUGUGCCCGCCGCCUGGGUGGCCAUCAUGAUCUGGGGUCUCGCCACCAGUGGAGGCGGUCGCAUCUUUGAUCAGACUCCCACCAUCUCCGGCAAUGCGUACAGUUGGGCUUUCCUCUCCUCAUUGACCUCGGUCAUUGGAAACUACGCCACUCUGUCCGUUAACCAGUCGGAUUUCUCGCGUUUCUCUCGCGUGUCUGUCAAGUGGCAAUGCAUCUACGUCCCAAUGCUUCCCGCAUUCUUCACUUUCAUCGCCUUUAUUGGUAUUGCUGCCUCGUCCGCCGGUGGCUAUCACUAUGGCGUCAUUGAAUGGGAUCCCAUGGCCUUGGUCGGUCACUGGGACAACCGAGCUGCGAAAUUCUUCGCCGCCUUUUCAUUUGCCCUGGCUGCUCUUGGUGUCAACAUCUCAGCCAACAGUCUUUCCGCCGCUCAUGACCUGAUGGCCCUCGCACCCCGAUUCAUCAACAUCCGACGAGGACAGCUCAUCUGCGCUGUCGUCUGCUGGGCUUUGGUCCCCUGGAAGAUUCUGGCCUCGGCCGGCAACUUCCUCAACUUCAUGGCCGCCUACGCCGUCUUCCUAGGCCCCAUUGCCGCCAUCAUGUUGUUCGACUUUUGGGUCGUCCACCAGCGCAAGUACGACACAGUCGAACUGUACAAGCCCCACGGCAUCUACCGAUAUACAGGUGGCGUCAACUGGCGAGCCAUUGUGGCUUUCCUUUCGGGGGUUGCGCCCAGCUUGCCCGGCUUCAUCAACGGCAUUAACAACAACAUUGAUGUUGGUGUGGGAAUUCAUCCCUACCAAUUUGGUUGGCUACUCGGCUUCACCGGCACCGCUGCUGUCUACACAUUCCUGUCUCUGGUCUUCCCUGCACGAGAGACCUUUAUCGAGCGCGCCGUGCGUCCAGAUGAGAUCUUUGCUCAACGAGGUGAGAUUAUGGAUGGCUCGCCAGAGGAGACCGGAAGCGCUGGUGGUAUUAAGUCUGACGGCCCCGUCGAAGCCCCUUUGGAAAAGAAGGGUUUCAGACAGAAAAUGGAGAAGUUCAUCUAG